CGGCUCACAAGAGAGCUCUGUGUCCAGUAAUGGUGUUUCUGUUAGCCAUGAAUAUCCAAAUGACCACGACUCGAAGCAUCUCUUCAAUUUCAUCACAAUUUUGCCCUCGUUUCGAGCUACCGCAAAAGUUCUUAUCCGUUCGGCCUUUGCGAUAUCACAAACCUCUUACGAGAAUCGUUUGCAUGGCGGAGCCUUAUCUUCUGAAAAAACUCGAAUCAGCUGAGAAAACUUGGAAAGAACUAUCGGUUAAGCUAGCAGAUCCGGAUGUGGUUUCAAAUCCUAGUGAGUACCAAAAGCUGGCACAAUCUAUGUCUGAACUCAAUGAGGUUGUAGCAACAUACAAAGGAUUCAAGGAGUGUGAGAAACAACUUGAAGAGUCCAAAGUUUUGUCAAAAGAUGCCGAUGUAGAUGAAGAGAUGGCUGAGAUGAUAGCUUCUGAAAUUGAAUCUUUAUCUGAGCAGCUUAAAUUGUUUGAGGAGAAACUUAAGAUGCUGUUGAUUCCAAGUGAUCCUUUGGAUUCUAGGAACAUAUUGCUUGAAGUUAGGGCUGGUACAGGUGGCGAAGAGGCUGGACUGUGGGCUGCUGACCUUGUUCGUAUGUACCAGAGGUACUCUGAAAGAAACUCAUUGAAAUACACCCCACUUUCAUGCUCCGAGGCUGAAAGAGGAGGAUUCAAGACGUAUGUGAUGGAAGUGAAAGGUGCACGUGUAUAUAGUAAACUGAAAUAUGAAUCAGGUGUCCAUAGGGUUCAGCGUGUUCCUCAAACAGAAGCCCAAGGUCGUAUUCACACAUCAACCGCCACUGUGGCCAUCAUGCCAGAGGCUGAAGAGGUGGAUGUGGUGAUUGAUCCAAAAGAAAUUGAACUUACGACUGCAAGGUCUGGUGGUGCUGGAGGUCAGAAUGUGAAUAAGGUUGAAACAGCAGUGGAUCUUUUCCACAAGCCAACUGGAAUCAGAAUCUUUUGCACAGAAGAAAGGAGUCAACUUAAAAAUAAAAACCGGGCGCUUCAAAUGUUAAGAGCAAAACUGUAUGACAUCAAACUAAAGGAACAACAGGAGUCUCAAAGAAAUGAAAGAAAAUCUCAGGUUGGUAGUGGUGCACGCUCAGAAAAGAUCCGCACAUACAACUACAAGGACAACCGGGUUACUGAUCACAGAUUGAAGAUGAAUUUCGAGCUCACUUCAUUUCUUGAUGGUGACAUUGAGACUGCAAUUCAGUCUUGUAUUUCUAUGGAGCAAAGGGAAUUACUGGAAGAGCUUGCGGAUUCAGUAGGAGCUGCAACCACCUAGUGACUUCCAUUUUUUGGUUAAACAAAAUCCAAAUUAUGCGUGUCUUGUUUCAUGUAAAAAUAGGAGGCUAUGGAUACGUUUUUGUACCACUUAAUUUCUUUUUUUUUACACAUAUCUAACUAUAUUGGUCAUCAGAAAGCUGCAUCCAUACUCAA